UUGCUCUCUCUAACACACACUACAUGCCGGACUGUCCAGGAGGCAGGAUCCCUUUCUUCAGAGACAUUCCUAAGAUUUCUUUACUUUUCUAGAGACUUAACCAGAAAGUUCUGAGCGUCUUUGGUUGUAUGACAUCUUAACUUGUGGUUUCAUGAUAUGGGACACUGUAUACAAAUAUUUUAAGAUGUGGUUGUGGAUUUUGAUUGGUCUUAACGUCGUCACAAAAGUGCAUGGGUACGCAAGUGGUUUCUUCCCAGAUUCAUGUGGAAAUAUGUUCGUUAACCACAGGAGUAGAGAUGGGGUGCAAUAUGUGCCUCAGAACACUGAACUGCCCUUUACGAUGACUUUAACCUACAGCCAAAAGGGAGACCCUAUCAAAGUGACUCUCAAAAGAAAUCAAUCUGCAGAGUUCAGGGGGUUUAUGUUGGAGGCUUGGACGUACGGCACAGAACAUCCUGUUGGAAAUUUCAUCUUGCUUGAAUCUGAUAAGACUCGACUCCUGAAAUGCCAUAAUAUACCAGGCCAGGCUGUUUCUCAAAGAAACAAUCAAAGAAAGACUUCGAUUCAAGUUAACUGGACGGCAGGCGGACAAGACAUCACAGAUAUCGAUUUUAGAGUCACAUUUGUUGAGUCUUUCAGCAGAUUCUGGAAUGUGGCGAUAUUUAAUGUCACUUUACCUUCACCCACCACACCCUUACCGGAUGACACAACACCAAUGACUACAAUAAAAAAUACAACACCAGGUACUACAACAGAGACUACAAUGCCAAGUACUACAAAAGAGACUACAACACCAAGUACUACAACAGAGACUACAACGCCAAGUACUACAAAAGAGACUACAAUGCCAAGUACUACAAAAGAGACUACAACACCAAGUACUACAACAGAGACUACAAAGCCAAGUACUACAAGAGGACCAAGCACGACCACUCAAAGGCCCGGACUUUUAGACCUAUUUAAGGGAGUAGGUACUUCAGUGAUGAAUUUCAGAAGCGUGCUGGUGCUACUCAGAAUGGAACUACCUACUAUGUUAAUGACCAUGACCACCCUCGUUAACAGCCUCUGUUCUCAUCCAAAUAAGGGGUUAAAGAUAUCAUCCUGUCUGCUUUGUACAGCAAUUGAGAUAUCGGCCCUGGUCUUGUUUUGUUUGGCUGAGCCCAUUAAAGUCAUUCUCCUUGUUCUUGUGUGUGUGACGAUAGUGAUAAAUUUCGUGGAGCUGGUAAUCGUCUGUCUGCCAAUUGGACCCAGUCAUGAACUGGUCGCGGGGGGGCUGGAGCCUAUCCCAGCUACAUCGGGCGAGAGGCAGGGUACACCCUGGACAGGUCGCCAGACUAUCGCAGGGCUGACACACAGAGACAAACAACCAUUCACACUCACAUUCACACCUACGGACAAUUUAGAGUCACCAAUUAACCUAGUCCCCAAUCUGCAUGUCUUUGGACUGUGGGAGGAAGCCGGAGUGCCCGGGGAGAACCCACGCUGACACGGGGAGAACAUGCAAACUCCGCACAGAAGGGCUCCCACGCCCGGGAUCGAACCGGCAACCCUCUUGCUGUGAGGCGAGAGUGCUAACCACCACACCAUCGUGCCGCCUCAAUGUGAAUCUUUUGUGUCUAAAUGCUGUUGGUUUAUGUCGAUAGUGGUCAUGGGCUUUCUGCAGCAGCACAGAGGGGGGGUUGUAAGGAAUGGGUGGGUUGUACUGUUUUGUUUUGGUGGAGGGUUUUUUGUGUGUGUUUUUGUGUGCACACACUUUUCUUCUGCUUCAUGUGUACUUUGGUUCACCAUAGCAGGGCAUAGAGCAGGUGUGUCAAACUCAUUCUAGUUCAUCUCUUAGAUGGGACUGACCAAUAAAAACCACCGCACAAUAACCCACAGUAUAAGUAACAUCAGCUCUAAUGUUUUCCCUUUUUUGUGUAAAGAAUUACAAGUAUAUUACACAACAGACGAACAGUCUGAGAUGUCUUAAGAAAAAUAUGUGCAAUUUCAACAGUGUGUCUCAGUUUUUCCACAUUCAGUGAGUCCACUUCUCACUGUCAUUACAUGGCCAUACAUUUCCUGAUACAGAUUGUUUUAAACUGAAGCUGCUGAUUGACAAUAUUUUGCACAAUGUUUAAAAUCUUUAAAUAUGGUCACAGUAAGUAUUCAUUGUUACAUCAGAGAGCUGUGUUCUGGUAGGAGUGGAAAAGCCUCUGAAGCAGAAUUUCACAUGAAGCAGGCAACACAUUGUUGAACUUGCUGCUGAAACCUGGCACCUCUUAGUCUAGUCAUCUAGUAGCCGGAUUGGACCCUUUGGCGGGCUGGUUCUGGGCCACGAGCAAUAUGUUUGACACCCCUGGCAUAGAGCGUGAGGGUGGAGUGGGUUAGUUGAAGAAGAACAGGGGAAAUGGUGGGGAACUGUGGUAUUACGCUUCACCUUUUGUCACUUGUAUGGUGCUUUCCUUCCUAUAUACAAACAAUAAACAACUGAUCACAAAAAACCCUCCUCUUCCUCUGCUUGAACAUUUGAAGUGACCCUUACAUCAGCACUUUUCACAGAACUGUUUUUA